CAGACCUCAGAGGACCAGACCAGGUUCCCACAUCGCAGAAACCAACCCAACAAACAGCAGGAGAGAAGAACGAACAGCAGAGACUGAAACCCAACAAAUACUUCACAUCCACCUCCUGAGCUGAGCCGACGGUGUUCCAGGUGUGUGUGGCGACAUAGCAGCAUGGCAGUGGGUCUGCAGGUCGUGGGUCUGGUUCUGGGGGUGGUGUCCUGGUGUCUGCAGUCCAGCUGUACGUCCUCUCAGGUGUGGAAGGUGAGGAGUCAGGUGGAGUCGCUCACCAGCAGCCAGUGGCAGUUUGAAGGUCUUUGGAUGAGCUGUGCUGCCACCUCGCUGGGGUCACUCCAGUGCAGCAGGUUCAAGACGGUGCUGGGACUGCCAGCUCACCUGCAGGCCUGCAGGGCUCUGAUGAUCCUGUCCAUGCUGGUCAGUCUGGCCUCCAUCAUUGUCUCUGUGCUGGGACUUAAGUGCAUCAAGAUCGGCAGAACCUCGGAGCCCACGAAAGACCAGAUCGCCCUGAGCGGAGGAAUCAUGUUCAUUCUGUCUGGUGUCUUCACUCUGACAGCUGUGUCCUGGUAUGCUGCUAGAGUCAUUAACGACUUCUAUGACCCGCUCUAUGGAGGAGUCAGGUUCGAGCUGGGUACUGGUCUGUAUCUGGGCUGGGCGGCCUCCUGUCUGGCCGUACUGGGAGGAUCUAUGCUCUGCUGCUCCUGCAGGAAGACCUCCCUCGUUCCCCCCGCUGGGCAGUUUUCAUACAACUACUCCACAACAAGUCGAGGACACAGCAUCUACAGAGCAGCUCCGGCCUCAGACAGCGGCAGCACCAAAGCUUACGUCUGAACCUCCCAAGCACUGCUGCUUCCUGUCUGAUCUACUGUCUCAGCACAGACUCAGAAACAUCACAGUCUCAUUCAGGAUCAUGUUGACUUUAAAGAAUCUUCGAAUUUUGGGGCAAAACCUUUUUUUUAUAAACACAAAAUUAAACCGAACCAAUUAAACCAAUGUAUUUUCUACUAAAGAAAUUUUAUUGUGAAGGGCACGGAUCAUUUGAUUUUUGCCUAUUCCUUUGUAUUAUUGAUUGAUUGAUUGUCUACUUAAAAACGUGUAAUUACAUGAGGAUGAGCCAUGUGUUAAGUGUUAGAUUUGGACAUGUUGUAAAUAAAAUGUUUCCUGAAUCUG